UCUCUCUCUCUGUCCUGUCUGGCAGCAGGCGAGCCAGCCCCUGUCUCCAGGCCCACUCGAACCCGGCGCCCUCGCGCUCCCGCCAGGCACAGAGACCCUCCUGCUCGAGCACAGCGCCCCCCUGCAGCCCUGGUGUGCAAGGCGGAGCCUGACCCUGAGACGUCUGGAUACGGUGGUGAGGGUGCUGCAGAGGAACUGCUGUCCCAGGCUGGGGUGAGUGAGGAAGAUGAAGACAUUAUGAUCAGUGAGGAAGACCCCCCUUUCAGAGAUGACCCCAAAGACCAGAACUACAAACCUGAAACAGAGAGGGACCCUCCAAAGCCUCGCCGGCGUCCCCCCAAACCAAAGGAGGAGAAGAAAUCGGCAGAGAUCAAGACAGAGGAGGUCGACGUCAAACAGGAGAACGAAUUUGGAGAGGAGAGCGAGCCGCCCAGGAAGAGGGGCAGACGUCGGAAGGAUGAUAAGAGCCCACGACUCCCCAAGAGACGGAAGAAGCCCCCUAUCCAGUAUGUGCGCUGUGAGAUGGAAGGCUGUGGAACAGUCCUGGCACACCCCCGCUACCUGCAGCACCACAUCAAGUACCAGCACCUGUUGAAGAAGAAGUACGUCUGUCCUCACCCCUCCUGUGGCCGGCUCUUCAGACUGCAGAAACAGCUUCUCCGCCACGCCAAGCACCACACAGACCAGAGGGACUAUAUCUGUGAGUACUGUGCCCGAGCCUUCAAGAGCUCCCACAACUUGGCAGUUCAUCGCAUGAUCCACACUGGAGAGAAACCCCUGCAGUGUGAGAUCUGUGGCUUCACCUGUCGGCAGAAGGCCUCUCUAAACUGGCACAUGAAGAAGCACGAUGCUGACACCUUCUAUCAGUUCUCCUGCAACAUCUGUGGCAAGAAGUUUGAGAAGAAGGACAGUGUGGUCGCCCACAAGGCCAAGAGCCACCCCGAGGUGCUGAUCGCGGAGGCCCUGGCCGCCAACGCCGGCGCACUCAUCACCAGCUCCGACAUCCUGGACACGGCCUCCCCCACUGCCAUCGCGGCCGCGCCCCCCCAGCCCACCGAGCAGGGUGUGAGCGGGGAGGCCGGCCUGGUGGGCCUGGGAGGGGUGCUGCUGGCCCCCCAGCCUCCUCCCACCGGCGCCCCCGAUGCCCUGGACCGGGGCGCGUGCCCGGAGCCGCACCGUGACUCUCUGGGGCUGGUCAUCAGCUCCGAGACGGUAGCCGAGGUCCUGAUCGACAGCUCAGAGCCACACACCCUACUGCAGUAGAGGGGGCGGGGCAGGGGUGGGACAGGUCUUUGGCGAGAGAGACAAUUGGCCAACUCAUGGCCCCGCCCCUUCUCCCUUUGCCCUGAAGAGGAUGAUGGGAUGCCGUGUAUAUAUUUGUCCUUGCCGUGACUUCAGGACCUGCACAGCAGCUGUUUGUGUGGACUCCCCGGGCGCAGGGCUUGUGUGUGUGUGUACAGCUGUGUUCAGAGCAGCUUCGCCGGACUCUCCUUCCUGCCCCUCACUAGGCUGAGCGACUCUGCAGACAACUUCCAUGAACCAACCAACACCGGAGUCCCAUGAAGGCGUUCCUGCUCCGUGAUCUGGGGUGGACAGGGCAUGUUGGAGAGGGGGCUUUGUGCUGGGGGGAGGGGAUACCCUGUCCAAUGAGGGUCCCCCCCAACACACACACUGACCAGGGAGGCUGGAGUGCUGUAUUUGUACACUGCAGGCCAAAAGUGUGCCCCCCAUUGCGAUCUAAUCGCAGUUUGAAGGUUUUUGAGACGGUACUUAAAACUGUUGGUUCAAUUAGAGUUCUAGAGAACUCACUUUUAUUUUGAAAUUGAAUGUCUGGCCUUUUCUUUCAUCUGAAGCUCAUCCUCUGCCUCUGUGUCUUCUGGGCUGUUUGAGUAAGAAGGGCAGCUGGGCCUCCUGGUGCAGGAGCUGAUUUCAGACUUUUCUAGCCUGUUCAGGCUCAGGGAAUACAGCCUGCAGGUUCUGGAAGGACACUGUCCACCAUGAUCCCCCCUACAGUGGCUGGGAGGACACUCUGUCCACCCCAGUAUCCCCCCUGCGGUGUCUGGAAGGACACUCUGUCCACCCUGAUCCCCCCCCACAGUGGCUGGGAGGACACUAUCUAUCCCAGCCCCCUGCAGUAGAUCCAGUUAAGAAAUCUGCUUUUCUUAUUAACCUGUUGUUUUUCUACAUUUACAGCAUAAGGACUUUUGGCCUGUAUUGUAUUUUAGUUCUUCUCUCCUCAAAUGACCCUGGAAGAAUGUGGUUUAAGGUUUUUUAAACUUUCUUUUUCUGUUUGCUCCUGCUGUGAAGAGGACCCGAAUCGAUUGCCUGGUCUGGAGAGCUGGUGUCCUGUAGCCCGGUAGCCCAGUACACAGAGGGGUCAGGCUGUGUGCUGGUCUGUACAUAAUUGCUUUUAUUUGAUUUAAAUUGGCUCAGUUCCUCCCCGAGACCCCAGAACAUUACUCCACUCAUGUUUAUUAUCCAGAUAGUUGAUUAAACUACUGUGUAACAGAGGCAAAUCCUUUUCCUUUUAAUAGAAACUGCUGCUUCA